AUUUGGAGGACCACCCCCAUCAUUAACGAAAGUAAUGCACAUGACUAUCAGGUAAGGUAAUACACAUGUUCUACGUGGAAGACGACCUGCUAGUCAUACCAGCACUUACCGGAUCAGUCCUAGUUGUUUAUAAUUGAACUCCUACUGCCUAGCGUCCGAGCAUUGUACUAGUGCCUUUUCCCUUGGUGUUCACCAGUCAUCCGCUUCACAAGAUGGAGAUGAGUAGAUUUCUCGCCAUAGCUUCACUCCUGCUCUGCCUUCUCAACCAUGGCACCGACAUCGCCACUGCUUGGGAUGACCGAGAUUUCUUCAGCUAUUGUCCACCCAUCCGGUGCAGCAAAGAUGGGCCAGAGAUCCGGUUCCCGCUACGGCUCCAAUCUACUAAUUCAUCACCCUCAUGCGGUGCCACACCAUACAUGAACCUAACCUGCUCUGGCCAAGACACCAUCCUACAGCACCCAUUUCUUGGGCCAUCGAAAGUAACCGCCCUGGAUUACAACAAUUCCCUUAUGACGAUCAUCCCAUUACUAGAGCAGCAAUUCUCUGAGUGCCCGAUCCAGAAGAUAAUAGACCUACCAGCUCAAGAUCAUGCUUUAGAUUACCCACCAUGUUUCUUGCACUGCCGCUUUCCUGGAAGGUUAGUAGACUGUUCAAGGGAAUUCACGCUAAGUGGUUCUGCUAGUGCUUUGUAUGGAGGUGCAGGCGUCUGUGGCAGCGGCAGCCACUCUUAUUUUAGUUAUGAGGAUCCUGAUGCUGCUGAUUCAAUUACCGGCCCAUUCCUUUGCCUUAGCAAACCAGGUCGCUUCACAUAUUUGGUGAAUGAUUUUCUACAAAUGUUCCUGCUUCCGUUGGACUGCAAGGUCCUACCAAAUAAAGUGGUACCGAUGCCAUUCUCGUUCUUACAACCAUACAAUGGGACACUGAUUACAUUCAAGCAAACAGCAGAGGCAAUGAUCAGUUCUUCUGAGAUCACAAUCAGUUGGGCACAUUGCGAUAGCAUUAUGGGUUUUUGCAGGUAUUGUGAAAAUCAGGGUCAACCCUGCGCAUUCAGCUUUCAGAGGAAUCAAACAUUCUGCAUGCCUCGGCCACACUCCAACAAAGGUUUACGUCACAAAGUCAUUGCAGCAACAUCAUCGGUAGCCUGUUUUAUAGUUCUUUCUCUAAUGGUGGCAACUGCACUUUACCUUUCACUGAAAUCAAAGUAUAAUGAAGAGAUACAUUUAAAGGUUGAAAUGUUUCUUCGGACACAUGGAACAUCGAAACCAACAAGGUACACUUUCUCUGAAGUUAAGAAGAUAGCGAGGCGGUUCAAAGAAAAAUUAGGCCAAGGUGGAUUUGGAAGUGUAUACAAAGGUCAGCUGCCAAAUGGAGUACCAGUGGCAGUCAAGAUGCUAGAGAACUCUACAGGCGAGGGAGAAGAAUUCAUUAAUGAAGUCGCAACCAUCGGGAGAAUCCAUCAUACAAACAUUGUACGUCUAUUGGGCUUCUUCUCAGAAGGCACAAGAAGAGCUCUUAUUUAUGAAUUCAUGCCAAAUGAGUCACUGGAGAAAUAUAUAUUCUCAUCUGAUUUUAAUUCUCCUCAAAGGCUUCUGGCACCAAACAAAAUGUUAGCUAUUGCUUUAGGUAUUGCCCGAGGAAUGGAGUACCUACAUCAAGGAUGCAACCAGCGCAUCCUCCAUUUUGACAUCAAGCCUCAUAAUAUCUUACUGGACUACAACUUCAAUCCAAAGAUUUCAGACUUUGGCCUUGCAAAACAGUGUGCGAGGGACCAGAGCAUUGUUACAUUGACUGCAGCAAGGGGCACAAUGGGCUAUAUUGCACCAGAAAUAUAUUCACGGAAUUUUGGGGGCAUAUCAUACAAGUCAGAUGUUUAUAGCUUUGGCAUGCUGGUGCUAGAGAUGGUGAGUGGAAAGAGGAACUCAGAUCCAAGUAUUGAUAACCAAAAUGAGAUCUACUUCCCAGAGUGGAUCCAUGACCAAGUAAGCAUUGGGCAGGACCUCGUAACUAACAGGGAAACAACAGAAGAUGAAAAAGAAAUGGUGAGGCAGCUGGCCAUUGCUGCACUUUGGUGCAUCCAGUGGAAUCCCAGGAACCGGCCAUCGAUGACAAAGGUGGUAAACAUGUUAACUGGAAGGUUGCAGAAUCUGCAGAUACCGCCUAAGCCGUUUGUCUCGUCUUUAAGCCAUCUUAUGCCGUAAAUAUAUUUGGGAGCUAUGGUUGCACACAUAUUGAUGCCUAUCACUAGUAGUAUGUCAUGUGUUUUUUAUAAUUCCAGUGCAUUAGCCUCCUAAGGCAAGAGUUGUCAGUGUUUCACCAUGUAAUACAAUUAACUAGAAACAUAUUGCAUCAAAAUUGAGUUCGGAUUUAGCGUUUCAAUUUCU